CCUAGCGCCCAGAAUCCGACCUAUGCAGCAGGCAAAUUUGUCGAAGAACAAGGAAACUAACAGAACUCCGCCCCAGCGUUUAGGCUUGUGGGGGCGUGACCUCAUUGAAGGCGGAGUGUCCCCGUCCGGACCCAGACCGGAAGCCUGGGUGGGGCUUCUCAGAUUGUCGCUCACGACUGUGGGGCGGGGCUAGCCUCGUAGUGAUUUCCCGGUUAGCUUUGGGAUUUACUUUCCCUCUUCCCAGCAGUUUUCUCCCCCAGAGCCCGGGCUCACCCGAAGGCACCUCUCCCCACCACUCGGAUCCGCUCGUACUUCUCCAUCUCAUUUCUCAGAACGCCGUUUCCGGAACGCCCCUACGGGGCGCGUGCGCAGACCUGCCCAUUCUGGAGCCCCGCCCCUUACGCUGUAAAAUUUUUGCGGGGCGGAGCGAGGUGUUUGGUUAAUUUGUUUGCUGAAUUGAACUGUGACCACAGUUCCCACACGAUAUCGCCUUUCUCUCACGACCCUGUUACACGUAAGGCCCAACAAAUAAGGCUAUACCCCGUUUCUUAGUGCGCCCCGCAAUGGCCAGCACGAUACCAGCCGCUUCCCACACCCGUGGCCCCAUUUGACCCUAGUAAAGUUUGUUAGAUGGAGGGAUGGCUCGUGCCCAAGAGUUACCCCUCAAAGACCGAAUGGGGUGGGAAGCGAGGACCGAGGCCCCAACUUCCCAUGACUGACGCUAUUUCAGAAGAAGGAUUUUCAUUGGCACGCAAACAAUAAACAACCAAAACUGAACCAAGGGGUAUGCCCAGACACCCCCCCCGCCCCCCAAAGCAACUGCCUUACACUUUUGGAGGUCGGAGGAGACUCUCGCCACCGUGAGGUCAGGCUGACAUCUAGUGGCCAGGAUUCGCAACUGCUGCAGACGCGGGCCUGGAGAGAGGGUCACCCCAGCUGUCUGGGCAAAUCCGCAGUCUUCCCCGCCCCAGCCUUCAGGGAGCCAGAGGAGGAUUGGGACUGUCUGUGGGAGGGUUGUGACAGCCGCUUGGCUCCAGGAACCCAAGAGUGGACUUGGAGAAUAAGUGAUGAGGGGUGACUCAACAGUUCCUAAGUGCCACUCUUCAGGGGCGCGGGAGAGUUUAUGGCAGACCCCAGAGAUGCUGGUGGAGAUUGAGACUGCAUGGUCGCUUUCAGGCUAUUUGCUCGUUUGCUUCUCCGCAGGGUAUUUCAUCCACGACACAGUGGAUAUUGUGGUUAGUCGUCAGGCUCGAGCUUCUUGGGAAUACCUUGUUCAUCAUAUCAUGGCAAUGGGUGCCUUCUUCUCAGGCAUCUUUUGGAGCAGCUUUGUAGGUGGGGGUGUUCUAACACUACUGGUGGAAGUCAGCAACAUCUUCCUCACCAUCCGCAUGAUGAUGAAGAUCAACAAUGCCCAGGAUCUCCUUCUCUACAGGGUCAACAAGUAUGUCAACUUGGUCAUGUACUUUCUCUUUCGCCUGGCCCCUCAGGCCUACCUCACCAAUUUCUUCCUGCAGUAUGCAGGCCAGAGGACCCUGGGCACCUUUCUGUUGGGCAUCCUACUCAUGCUGGAUAUAAUGAUCCUCAUCUACUUUUCCCGCCUCCUCCGCUCUGACUUCUGCCCUGGGCGUGUUCCUAGCCGGCAACACAAAGACAAAUUUUUGACUGAAUAAGAGAUGUAGAGCCUGGGACUUGCGACAAGGACAGCAAGCAAAACCAGGGACAGAAAUAGCCUCACACAUAAACAGACUCUGCACCAAGCCUGGGUGUCCUUUGGGUCCAGCCUUCCCACCUCAAAUCUGCACCCACACUAUUGAAAACACUAAUGAAAGCACUCCUCUGAAGUCCUGUUUUCUUGGGCAAGGGGUGAGGGAAGCAGACAGACUGGUUGGACAUGUAGAUGGGUGUGAAAACAAGGCACUACCUCAGCAGCAGCCAAUCCACAAUGCCCUGAAGUGUAUGCAACUCCAUAAAAAUAAUCCCUCUGAUCCCUCAAACUGGUACUGUUUUUACACACAACCUUUUUCAAGGGGUUUUGAGCAGGGGCAUUUACUG